AUGGGAGUAGCCCAUUCGGCCACGAACGAACAAAAGAAGGAGAAGGUUGAGAGAUUAUUCCGGCAAAAUGUACGCUCAAGUCGAAGUCGAAGUCUGGACUGUCGGAACGAUCGACCUGCCCGACCGGUAGGAGGAAGUCAUAGUGCACGAUAUCCGAAAACGAGGUGUCGAUUGCUUGAAGAUGGAGUGAACGGCUCCAUAUCGGGCUUGACUCAGGAUGAGAAGCGAAUGAUCGAAGUGUGUUGGUUCAAAUGCUCGCAAAAACAGCUGAAAAAAUGCUCAGAGGAUAUUUUUUGGGAUAUUCUUCACACGGACGAGUCAUUGUUGAAGUUGUUCAAUUUGGAAUCCGUGCAAUUAAAUCGAUUACGGGAAAACGACCACUUCAAAGCGCAUUCUGCAAAUUUUGCCAUAGUGUUGAACUUAGUCAUCACGAAUAUGAAUGAUAACUUUGAGCAAACAUGCGAGGCUUUGCAGGGCGAUUGGGAAGAACUGGUAAUAAUCGCGCUCGCAGUCGUCUCUAUCCCUAAACUUUUUUUUUCCGGUUGGCUACAUGACGAGACCCUAGGUUAUCAACACGUCUCAUUGAAGGAUCGCGGAUUCCAAACAUUAUAUUGGGAUAUUUUUACGGAUUGUUUCGAGCGGAAUCGACCGCCAUCACUACGAAAGGAAGCAGAGAAAGAGGCGUGGAGUCGGAUGAUACUGUUCAUACUUGCACAGAUGAAAGUCGGAUAUCAUCGAGGCCUCGCCGACCGAAAAACGGAACGACUAAGUGUACCGAUCAUCUAUUGA